AUGGAGAUAAACGUGUGCGUGGGGAAGAGCUGCCGCAAGGACGGCGGGCUGCAGACGCUGGACCACUUCCGCGGCCUGGCGCCCCCGCACGUGAAUGUGGCUCGUGUGGAUGCCUGGGUGAGAUGCGACCGCCAUGGCGUAUGGCGCAUGGCGUACAGGAUAUGUUUAGAUGCGGAUAAGGGGCGGUGCGGAGCAGGCCCCAAUCUGGUGCUGCUGCCGUCCGAGACGUUCAUCAGCCACUGCAGCACGGCGGCGCACGUGGCGCGGCUGCUGGAGAGGCAGUGCGCGGCGGGCAGCGCGGAGACGAAUCUGGCGGCUCUGGAGCUCAAGGGUCGCGGCAAUGCAGCUUUUGAGAAGGGGCGAGCGGACGAGGCUGAGAAGCUCUUCACCAAGGCCAUUGAGUUGUCGCCUGUUGGGGGGAUGCACAACCUGCUCUGCAACAGGGCUGCUGCAAGGGUGGCAUGUGGUAACCCUAUGGGAGCACUGGAAGACGCUGAAGCUGCUGCAGCACUCAAGCCUGGUUGGUCCUCGGCGGUGAUUCGCAGAGCAGAGGCGCUGGCAGCGCUGGGGCGGGUGAGGGAGGCGCUGGAGGCGUAUGAGAGGCUGGCCGACACAGACGCUGAGUUCAGACGCUCAAAACAGUUCCUGAGGAAAGUGAAGGAGCUGGAGAAUUUGAUGCAGACAGCACCAUGA